AUGGAAGUAGAUCUACAAACUAUUACCUCGCUUCAUUUAAACGCAACUUUCGUGCUACCGGAUAUUGUCGCCUGGGAGCUAACGGAGCGCACGGACAGUUGGAUUAAUGUCCAUUGGCUAGAAAAACGGACCGUUUUAGAGGCAGUAAACGCUGAAACUGAACUGACCGAUCUAGAUAGGGAGCAAUCGUACUCUGUCCGGGCAGGUUUUCGUAGCCUUCCAGACCCUACCGAUUUGGAGUUGAAAAAGAUUUGUCGACUGCUGAAUGACAAUAAUAAAAGGAAAAAUAACAUCUAUAAGCGACCACUGGUGCACUAUAACGGUCAUUCGGUUGAGGCCGGAAACCCAGAAGAAAAACUGUUUUUGAUGCAUGAUGAUCGAUAUACUGGGAAAAUAAACCGGGUGGAUGCUUCGCUGGUGCAAGAAUGGCUGGAAAUGCCGGCUGUUUUUGUAUACGAUUGCGAUUCAGCUGGACGAUUUUUGGAGGGUCUUUCGGAAGACAACGAAAAUUUACAUUUGGCAAGCUGCGGUGUUCAUGAAAAACUACCCGAACUGCAGAGGGAUCUCUUCAGCCGCGUGCUGUCUUGUCCGGUACAAACAGCACUGAAAUGGCAUGGCGCAAAAUUGGGCAUCGCCAUUGAGGUUGAGAAGCUUGGCAAUUUGAAAGACAAAAAGUCACUGCUUGGACAACUGAACUGGAUUUCAUCUAUCGUAACGGACACUAUAGCCUACAACGCGCUUUCAAAGGAAGUAUUUGAAAAAUUGUUUAGGGAAGAUUUACUUGUUGGCACGCUGUGGAGAAGGUUUCUGCUUGCGCAAAGAAUUCUGAAGGAUUCAAAUUGUGCGCCUAUUUCGCAUCCUCCGGUGCCCGAUUGCAGUGAACAUUUGCUCUGGUCAUUUUGGGAUUCUGCCUUGAAUAAUACUUUAGAACAUUUUCGGUUUGAAGAAUACAACGGAAAAACAUUAAUCGAUGAAUUCUUUCACGAAGCAUUAUCACGAACCGGUGUAGAAAGUUUACCACUUGUGUUGGAAGCUUUGCAAUUAACUAAACAUUCCGCAAAAGCGUUGGAAAUCUUACAACGUGAUUGGCCCACGAUUCAAAACAAUUCUUAUCUCCUGGGAAACAUGAUGUACAAACUUUCCAAACUGCUCAGCUCAAAAAAUGUCGAAUUAUUCAAUAGUUCGGCUGAGUUACUUGCAGAAAUUGUUCGUCAGGAUUUUACGCUUGGAAGUCAGUUGCCAGCGUUUAGUUGCACUAAUCUCUGCAAUAACCUCCUAACUUUGGAGAUAGGAAACGGCCAAAUUUUGAAGCAACUGUAUCUUCUGGUGGCGUUCAUGAAAUCUGAAUCGGGAGCUAAAUUCGAGGAUGUGGACGUUCGAAUGUUGACCCUGUUUCUGGUGUCAACGGUAAAUGAAGUUCUGCCACUAGAUAAGAUAAAUCAAUUGCAAAAUUUUUUGGAAGACUCUAGUCCAAAAGUUCGUGCCGCGGCUCUAAAAGCUUGGAUUGCCGCAAAUAGCGAGUCGAUGCAAGCUGACUGCGUAAUAAAUAAAAUAAUUCCAAUGAUUUUUGAAAACUCGUGCAGUUUAUUGAUGCGCAGAGAAUUGACCUCUGAGCUAAAAACCAUUGCAGUCGAAAAACUUGCUGAACUAAUUGCAGUCACAAAACAAAAUACUGGCACUUCAAUAAUUCUGCCAAAACCAAGCAAAAUUAAAAGUAAGCCCAAACAGAAAAAAUGUGCACAACAAAAUAACACAUCCUCCGAUACAAUGACCAUGGCAAAAGUGUGGCGUGUGAUUAACAUUCUAUGUUCAGAUCCUGAUCCGGAAACAGCAUCCGUUAUGCAAUCUCUAGUUGCAUUUGUAAAGCAAAGUUCACUUGCAGUAGACACAGGAGCCAACAAAAAAACUAUUAAAAAGAAAACAGCCAUUGAAAAAAAUCGACCAUUCCUGCUUGCACCCAAGGAGUCUUUCAUCGAGGUUGCAUUGCGAGAAUUAUUUGAAAAAUCCUUCCUUGCCGAUGUCGCGAUGGCUAAUGGUGACGCUGACAUCACACAGGACCUUGCGGUAAACGCACCAAACGGUCAAUGCAUAAACCAACAACUUCGUAGCUUUCCAACACAACGUGCUCCAGAGCUAAUACAUUUUGGACCACAGCAACAGUUGGCCUUUGCCUACAGAGAUCGUGUUGUUUGGCAGAAUUACACUGAAGAUUGUAAUUACAGUCUUAAACCCGUUGCUAGUACGGGAGAUUCUUGUACUACCGUUUCGAGUCUUUUAUUCCUUCCGUCUGCAACGACAUCUCAUCUGCUUGUGGGCCACAGCAAUGGAGUAGUACGUGUGUGGCAAUCAAAUGUUUUAUUAAGCGCUUGGCAAGCUCUGUAUGAUAUGGAUUGCUUCGGGUCAUCAAGGUCGACAGACGCCUCGAAAGGUUUGCUUCUAUGCGCCUUCGGUGAAAACGAGGUAGUAACGGCCGGUGAAUCCAAACAAAUACGCGUUUGGGAUUUAAACAGUGAAAUGAUGACCACAGACCUACCUACAGGAGUAGAUCAACCAAUCACUGCUUUGGUAAACCAAAAUCGUCGAAAUAUUGUUGCAGGUUUUGCCGACGGAUCGAUGCGCAUCUAUGAUUUACGAACUGCCGGAAGCGGUAAGGUAACGGUCACAGCAAAACACAUCAAAUCGGUUUGUUCGAUCGGCAUUCAAAGCGAUAAUUACACUGUGAUUAGUGCCUGCGUAGCAGGAACCGUCACUGUGAUGGAUUGGAGAAAACUAUCCAAUCCAGUGAAAAGUUGGUGCUACGAUCAACCAGUUUCGAACAUUGCUAUCCACGAGCAGUUGCAACUGGUCGCCGGUACCAUCGAAGCUGUAGACGUGCGUUCGGUGCUUGGCGAAGAGUUGUACAAAGUGUACCGAACGGACGGGGAUGGAAAUGUCCUCGUCGAGGGAGCCAGAAAACGAUGUCCUUCCAGCAGCGUAGCAUUUCAUCCCACCAAACCGCUGAUGUGCACCGGGUACAAGGACAAUACGGCGGUACUGUAUGGAGCUCAGGCCCGUGAGGCUAAUUAA